CUCGCUCUCCCUCUCCCUCUCCCUCUGUCUCUCUACCUCUCUCCCUGUCGACGCAUCUUGCUGUUCACCAACUGUCACCACUCGCUCACCUUCGUUGACGAUGCGCCAAAUCACUUCGUCAACAUGCGCUCGCUAACGUAGCAUACGACCCAUUCGUUCCAACUCACUCGCUACCCACGUAUUCGCUGAGGUCCUGACGCUCCAUACAAUUGCCACCUCAACAAACAUCCUUCUUGUCGAAUGUCGUUGAUCAAAGACACUUGACAGCAAGACAGCAAGAGCAACAUGUAUUCCACCGACAGUGCCCGACCGACUUGGGCCAUUUGCGCCAUCAUCUCCCUCUUUCUAUCUAACCUUGGCUUUGCGCAGAACUUUGUCCCCACCACACCCUCGUCUACUUUUCCCGCCUGUGCCGUGAGUUGUACUGUACUCCUCCAAGCCCAAACCCUCUGUCUCCCGCCCAAUGUUGCCGCCGCCGCCAACAUCAACUAUGAGAUGUGUUUCUGUCAGAGCAACCUCUUGACUGCCCUCUAUUCAACUCCAGAUGCCAUUUGCGCUGCUGAGUGUCAAGCUGCAAAUGAUCGCGCCCUGUUGCAAACUUGGUAUAGAUCCUUCUGCAGCUCCGUCGGGCAAGGCAUUGAUCCAGUCUCCACGGCACCCGCUCCCACCGCCACACAAAGUGUCGUGGUUGUCACUGUCACCAGCACCUCGUCAUCCCCAGGAUCUUUAGCAACAGAGGGGGCAACUGCCAGCACACCCGCUCCGGUAUCCAAUCAGUCAUGGAUCCAAGGCCAUUGGAGAUGGAUCCUCAUGGUGGCAAUUCUGAUUGUGGGACUUGGUCUGCUGGCAUGGCUUUUGAUUUGGUUAAAAAAGAGGCAUCGGAGAAAGGUAGACGAAAGACGUGCAGCUGCUUCUGGAUUCCCAACUGCCGCCGAGAAACGCGAGGGUGCUCAAUCAGCAACUCGCGAAUUGUGGGGCCCGCAUCAGCACAUGAAUUACACCCAUGGCAUAGACGGCCCUAAUACCGAACGAGUGGUAGGUAGCGGCGCUCUUGCUGCUCGCGACAAGCGACAUCGACGAAGAUCGAGAAGCAAGAGACACCGUGAGUCGAGGGAUCCAAGCCAGACAUCACACAACAGACCCAGCGCCUCUCGACGAGAAUCUUCCAGAGGCAAGGCCCGAGCAGUUGCGUCCACGGAGCCCGUGGCCUCCGAUAUAGAUCUAGCUGGACGUGACAGGAGUCGGAGUCGCCCGCGGAGAAAUCCCAAUAGCGACAUUGAACGAGGCCCCAACUCAGACCACCAACGACGCCUUCGUGAAGUUCGUGGAGCCCGCCGAAACCAUGAUCCUACUUGAGGCCCCCCCACAUGUCGCCAAAACUUGUCGCACGGACGCAUCCAUGACUGUUUGUUCUGGUGUACACCAACACCACGCAAUAGGUUCAACGCGCAUGACAGCUACCCUGCCGAAAUGGGCUGCGGCCAGGAUUGAAAGAAGCACCAUCAUUCAUGUCAACCAAAUAUAAUCUCGUCAUCUUCGAGACCCACUUACCUCGAUACCUUGACACUGGGAAGCCAUGCACCAACCAUCCGUUUAGAAGAGCGCGACCCUCGGCCUCGCAAACAUGAUUCCCGAGACAACCCUCCCAUGGACUGUAUUUUGACAAUUUGGAAUUUUGACAUGGCCAUUUGAAAUGGAAUGUUGGCCCGAGGAACAUGGGCUCUGAGACCUCAUGUCUGUUUUGGUCGCACCGACGCCUCUUGGUCCACUUAUUUUGUUUCUCUCAUGUGGAACCAGAGAUCAAGGUGUGAAACCAACAGGAAGUGUUCAAGUGCAUUGAUGCAUUGAUGCAUUAAUGCAUCAUCUGAACUUGGAUGGUGGGGUUUUGAAACAGUACAGUGUAGAUCUGAAGUUUUGGCUCAUUGGUUUGGAGUUACCUGUGUACAAAGAAGUAUUUAAUCCUCUGGGUGUUAUUCUUGGGGCAAGCUAGUGUUAGUCUAUUGGUCCGUGAAGUUCGCAGGCUCUUGCCAGCUUGAUGAUGAAUGAAUCGAAACAAUAGAUAGGAGGUUUACACACAAGUUAUCUACAGAGUGGAAUCUGAUAUUCGUCCUCC